AUGAAAGUACAGAAAGGAUUACUGCAAUUGUAAGAGGUAAGCACUGAAAUAACUAAGACAAAUGUCUACAAUACCACACGCCUCCUGGAUUAUUACAUUAGCAACACAUAUUAUGACAAGAUAAAUAGAAAUAAUAGACAAGGAGAAGAGUAUUGUGAUAUCAAAAAGGGAGCGACAAACAGUAAAUUUUUACAAUUGAGGUCAUUAUUGAUGAUACACAAUUUGGAUACUAUUGAGAAUGUAAUAAAAAGGAAAUGA